AUGGAGCGAGCACACUCUCUUCUUACCAGCACCACCCGAUCUAUCAGCAGCAGUCGAUCCAGUACUCGCUCAUCUCGUUCAAAUUCUUUGUACUUGGCCACACCAGGGCAUGAGAAAGGGGAGUUCAUUCUCCCAGCGCCAUCCACAACGAUUCACCAGCCGAAGAUCCGGGUACGGGCGAUUCUGGGCCAUUGCCUCUACCGAAGGGUUGUGAUAUGGACAGUCACCAUCUCAUUACUGCUUGGGCUUGCUUAUCUCAACACCCCAUUAUACACACGCGAUGGCAAGAUUCUCGCCGAUGAUUAUAGGAUAGGCGGGCUGGGGGGCGAGCCAAACAAGCAGGGAACCGUGAUACCGAAUGAGGAGAUGCCCGAGAUUGACAGCAGCAUGCCGCCAUGGCUCAAAUUCAAGCACCUCAACGGCUACUUCAACGGCCUCAAGUCUAUCGUUCCGUUUGUCAACCACACAGCAGAGUAUCCCAACGCCUCAUUUCCGGCACCUGUCACUACAGUGCCUAUCUAUCAUGACACCCCUCCAACUCCCACACCUUAUUCUGCUUACCCAGAUUAUGAGUCUCGCCAGUACCAGAAGGAGCAUCACGCUGUCAAGGAGUGCUUCCUCGAUGAUGAGGACAAGAUUGCGGUUCCAGAUAUUUUUGCCUAUGAUGGCGUUCCUCAAAACCAGCCCGACCCAGCUAUCGGCUCUCACACAGUACUGGGGCUGCGCAACGACAUUUGCUUCGACCGUUUCGGACGCUAUGGCCCCUACGGUCUCGGAUACGACAUCCGCGAGGGAGGCACCUCUCAAGGAAUGGAUACCGAACAGGAGGGUGCCGACAUCGUUUGGUCCAAGACGGGUCGAAUUAACUACAGCCGCGUCGAUUGGGGCUCUGCCCAGGAGCGAUGCGUUGAACGUAACAGCGCCCGUUUCCGCAACAGCACCAAGGAAGUCGGCACUUCGUACGACUCAGUUUACAGCGAACCCGACACCACCGAGGCGGGUCUCAAGAAGAUGGACCGCAUCGCCGUCGUUAUUCGCACCUAUGUCGGUUUCGAGUGGACGCAGCUUGCUAUUGUCAAUUUCCGGGCCAUGAUCUCUGAGCUCUCACUGAAAUCCGGCGGAGAAUACACCGUGCAUUUCCUUUUGCAUGUCAAGGACAAUGAGGCACCUAUUUGGUCAGACCCGUCCGUCGUCCAAAAAAUUCUCGACGACAACGUGCCUACUGAGUUCCACGCUCUCUGCACGCUUUGGUCCGAGGCCGAGAUGAAACUCUACUAUCCAGGACAUUUCGCCGACGCCCUCGAAAACCCUUCUAACGCCGACAUUCACGGUGUUUAUCGCAGCGCCCAGAUGCCCCUGCAGGUGUUUGCCCUUCAGCACCCUGAAUACGCUCACUUUUGGAACUGGGAGAUGGACAUGCGCUAUAUCGGUUCUUACUACGAACUUCUCGACCGUCUCGGCUCAUGGGCCCGCAAGCAGUCCCGCACUCUCCUCUGGGAGCGCUCGUCGAAGUACUACAUCCCCUCCGUCCAUGGCUCCUGGGACGAAUUCGCCAACGUCGUCGAGAAGGAGCUCAACGCCUCCGGUCGCCGCGCUAUUCUCGGUCCCCAGAUUUUCCCCGGUCGCAUGUCCCUGAGGUCCGAGGAGGCCGGUGUCUCCGUCAUGCCGGCCUCUUGUGCCCGCGGUGGCGACCCUGCCGAGUGCGGCGUUGGUGAAGAGGCCGAUCUUAUUACGCUCAACCCGCUGUUUGACGCCGAUGAGUCCGGCUGGGUCUUUGCUAAGGAUGUUACCGGCUACGAAAUGGUAUUUGCCCCUCCUCCGCGCCGUUGCUCCAUUGUCACUGCCUCCCGCCUCUCACGCCGUCUGCUGGCGGCCAUGCACGAGGAAAUGUGGCGUAUGCAUCACAGCAUGUUCUCUGAGAUGUUCCCGGCCUCAAUGGCCCUGCAUCACGGGUUCAAGGCUGCUUACGCACCACACCCGGUCUACCUUGACCGCGCGUGGUACCCCUUCGAUACUAUCGAGAAGGCUUUUAACGGUGGCCGCGACGGCACGACUGGUGGCCACGGCAGUCCUUUCGAUCUGAAGAACGAGCAUAACCACAAGGGUACUAGCUGGUACUACAAUUCCGAAUUCGCGGGUCUGCUUUGGCGCCGCUGGUUAGGCUACGCCCAGAUGGACGGUCGCGGCACCAACGGCGGCCGUGCCAACGAGGGCACGCUCCGCGGUGGUAUGACAGACGAGUCCCACAAAGACAGCUCGGGACGUCUCUGCAUGCGCAGCAUGCUUGUCCACCCUAUCAAGUGGGAGAACCCAAUCGAGAGAGCAUAG